ACCUGUGUGAUCACCACCUGCCUUGGGGACCCAAGCAUGAUGGCCCAGGACAGGGCCAAAGUGGUGGAGCACUGGAUUAAGGUGGCCAAGGAGUGCAGAAUCCUAAGAAAUUUCUCCUCCCUGCAUGCCAUCCUGGCUGCUCUGGAGAGCGUGGCUGUCCAUCGAAUGAAAAAAACAUGGGGGAAAGUUUCCAGGAAGCGGGCACUUACAAUGAAAAAACUGUGCGUGCAAGAAAAACAACUCACUGAGCAGGGAACAGUUCAUCAAGCAGCCUUCCAGGUAUGCCUCUCUGAUGGUCUAUGUCCCUGGAUCCAAGCCCAGGCUGCCCAAGAAGGUGAGUGAGCUUAUC